UGUGCUCAAGUCCUCUUUUUUCUGUACAGCUCUAUUUUUAAAAGUUAUUAGGGGGUUCAUGUUUCCUAUGAUUGACACUUGAUACAGCCUGUGGGCGUACGGAGAUUGCAUAGCUCACCCGGGGGAUGUGCUGUUUGAGUUGAGCAUCAUCACAGCGACUCACGGUGACUAUCCCACAGAAUGCGUACAACACUACUGUGCAAUGUUGGUUUCAGGACGUGGAGAAAAACGCACAAUUACUGAGAGCUUUUCAGCUUUAAAUCUGUAUACUGGCAGAAGGCAGAACCAAGUUGUCCAUAGUAUAUACAGUCUGUGGUCGGAACUCUGAGGAGCACAGAGAGAAUCUGUCACUAAAACAGAGAAUAAGACAAUGAUUCAGCACUCUGCACUGGAGCUCAAGGACUUGUAUCACCUUUACUUCCCAAACCUGACUUCACUUAAGCCAAUCAGGUACUAACACACCUGGUGCUGCUCUGGACUGAUUUCCUCCUACAACUCAAAGAAUGACCAUAGUAAACUGCCUUUCACACCAGAUGGUGAUCAUGCAGUCCACAGUGUGGACUGUCAUGAUGACAGUGUAAUGCUCAUGUACCAAAGGAUGAAGUAUUUCCAUGUUUGUGAAACCUAUACUAAAGUACAAUUCAUCUAAAUGCUUCACAGUGCUGAUUUUAACAACUCUCCUGCACAACAGGUAACUUUACGACUUUAUUCUUAUAUAUUAAUGACUUUAUUCUCCUCAAUAAUAACUUUAUUAAAAGUUUAUUAAAAACGUUUUUUUUUCUUAAUGUGGCCCUCAUACCCCAAGGAAAUCUCACUCUUAGCUUAGUUCAAAACUUGAGAGCCCUGGAAAUAUUUACCAGUUGAAACACUGUGUAGCUCAUUCUUUUAUUGAAUUAUAUACAUCCUUUUAAUUUGGCUAGCGUAAUAUUCGUUUACCAACAUAUUUCUGAAAGCUUUGUUGUUACAUAUUCGAUCACAAAAUCUAACCCCACCCUGUUUAAGAGCUGUUUCAAUCCUUGGGAGACUCUUAAUCCUUGGGAGACAAACUUUCAACUGUUAGUUGAAUGCACCAUAGCCUACAUUUUUUUCCAUGGUUGCAUUUUAGUAAAAAAAAAAAAAAAGGGCAAAUAAAAGAGCCUUUAUUGUUUUCGUGACUGAGCUUGUGUCCCUAUUUUUUAACAAUUCAGCAGAGAUGGGAAUCGUGGAGUCACCAAGUCAUCUCCAUGUAUUUCUUCUGCUCUGUCACUGAACCAGCUGCUUCCAAUGAGCAGCCAGGAAGGUGAGCUCAUUAGUGAAGGCACCUGGUUCAGUAACUGAGCAGAACAAAUACAUGGCAUGGAGAUGACUUGGUGACUCCACAUUUUCCCAUCUCUGCAAUUCAGACUUCAGUGCGUUUGAUAGCUUCUGGAUAGACACAAGUUUCCUUCACCAUCACACGAUUAAUAAAUGUUUUUAGAGGUCAGCUCAGCUCAAGUAUUGCUUUGGCUGACAGAUCUUUGCAACCACCCGCUAUCCCCACCAGAGGGCAUAGUCGACAUAAAAAUGUCCUUAAUGUUAAGAGGCGUACAGGCACAGCACCAGUCAGACUUUUUUUUUUCUUUGGAAGGAAAUUGAGUUUUCGUCAGGACGAAACUCUGCCAGAAAGAGUUGAACGGAGUAAAGUUAUCAGUAAAACGCUUAAAAAAGGGUCGGAGGAUAUUCGUGAGGUGCAGGGAUAGAGCCCACAGCCGGAAGUACAUGUAUUUGCAUUGAAAAUAAAAGCGUGAGUAGUUUUUUUUUUCGGUUGCCAAGUCGCCUACAGAAAAGUUUUUCUCCAACCCAGUUUAUUUUUCAAAUUUGGAAAGUAAGCUUCUCUUCAAAUUCCAAUGCGCGCACCUUAAGCGAACUUUAAAAGGUGUAGACCGGAAGUAAAAUAUUGCUCCUGUGCAACCUGACACUCGUAGUUCAGGCUGCUCAUUACACGUUUUUGUUGGGGGGUCCAUAUGACUUGUUGCGCCUCUAGCUUUGACGCAAGGCAACACAGGCUGUGCGCUUUCAAUCAGUCUGGAGCGAACCCAGACCUGGCUCACUGUCUCCUGGCGCAGAACAGAUGCAGACCAAGCCGGAAAAGUUUGACAAGUUAGCUUUACGCACGGGUAAAUCUUGAGGGAUCUCGGGAAACCUCCGGAAUGGUUUAGGCUUCAAGUUUUGGUUUUCCGCAUCUUUAAGAAAGUCCGCUGAAGGCUCUGAGGACCGCGCUGCAGUGCCAGAGAGGAUCAUUUGUCUUUCCCUUCUGGAUUUGACUCUGAGGGUUUUCGAAUGGAUUAUGAAUGAAACUUUGACAUAAAGAUUUCUAAAAUAUUUUAGUCUUUAAGUAGCAUUUUAUUGGUGUUUUGCCUUGGACAGCUCUUGGAUAAUCACCUCCAAUGUGGAGCCACUUUUGGAAAUUUUAAUUACGCACGGGAUUCCUCUAACAAAUGACAACUUUUAAAGGCUUUUUUGCGCCUUCAAUUCACCCCCUCUGCUUCCUUUAUCGCAUCCAUCCACGGCAGCUCUCCCCUCAUCAAGUGAGGUAACAACGGGGAGUAAAAGUUUCUCUGUUUCUUCCCCGAAGAUGUGGGGAGGAGGUUUUCCAAUGUAUGUCACUGUGAUCGUGACUCUUUUGGUCAUCAUCGACGUGAAGGCAAGUGGAGAAUACUGCCAUGGCUGGCACGACUCCCAGGGUGUGUGGAAAGAGGGUUUCCAGUGCCCAGAAAAGAUCGACGGGGAGGACGCGAUCAUCUGCUGCGGGAAAUGCGAGCUGCGCUACUGCUGCUCCAGCACGGACGCACGGCUGGAUCAGGGGAGCUGCGACAACGACCGGCAGGCUCCGGAGCCCGGGACAGAGACCAAGGAGGACAAGGACUCUGGUGCAGGUAAAAGCCAGUAACUCACAUAGUUUCUUAAACAAAGCCACACAAGAAUUCCCAAACCUUAUUAUAAGUGGAUUUUACUGAAAAUGAAAUACAAAUUAAAUGAAAAGGGAUGUGAUGACGCCAUGAUCAGUAUCGUAUAUCUGGAUUUCUUCGAGUUUGGUUUCCUCUAUUAAACUCAUCUGUCCAACAGUAUUUUCCAGUUUAGAGCCUCACUUGCUGCUUGCUCCUGUUGACAACGACAGCUGUGUAAAAGACGGCUAAAAACUGUUCAAUGCACUCACAAAUGGCACACUGCGCCAAGCUGCACUUAGAAAGAGUCCCGUAGGUUCUGGCCUUUUAACAGAGCAAAGUAAGGGUUCAGAUCAUGCUGUCCCAAGGGAUCGAGUUUGGACUUGACCACGUAUAGGAUAUCGGUUCAAUUUGAGGCAUUUUCAGCCUUGUGCACACAUGAUCAUUUCUCGAGGUGUUUUCCCAUUUUUUCAACUCCAAAUAUCCCCCACUCUAUAGUCUAGUCUCACUGGUGUCUGUGGACUUUCAAGGGAUUCGGGCAGCCUCCAAAAAGCCACAUUUAUAAACACAUUUUAAUGCAUCUCCCUGAUAUGAGGCAGUCCUGUUUUUUUAUUUUAAUAAGCAAACAAGCAUUAAACAGCUCUUUAGCAGUAUACAGCAAAUAUUGGACACCACAGAAAAAGAGGCAACACUGCCUUCCUUCAUGUUUCCCUGGAGAAUACUCAGCCCUCUCUUGGACCUCCUGUGACAAUCUGUCAUUUGCUAGGGCUACCAUGCCUUAUCACUUCAGGAAGAGGUAUAUACAUUUCAUUCAGUGGCCUCCAGCCAACAUAACUUUAAGAAAAGCGCGUUUUUUCCUCACAAGGAAAAGAGGAAGUGUGUGUGUGUGUGUGUGUGUGUGUGUGUGUGUGUGUGUGUGUGUGUGUGUGUGUUUUUAAAGGCUUGGUUCAGUUUGCACACUUUUGCACAUUUUUCACUCACUUGCAGCAUAUAAAUCAUCAAGGAAAGAUACACACUGUAAUGUCAAUGGAUAGCAGACAGGAAAUUAUUAAUGCGCUCAACAUGAGGGAACAUAUGGUAUUUAGGAACAGGAGAACGCCCGUGGGAGAGCCAGGGAGACGACGGCUAGUCCAGCCGGCGCAGCCACAAAAAGAUUGUGCCCAAAACAAGGGCUUAAGAGAGGGGGGCUGCUGUUACUCAGGCAUGGCUGCCACAGCUCAACUCAGGCAACAGGUGUGGAAGAGUGACAGGGAACAAUAGGAGGGUGCAGCCACCAUGUGCACAGGAUGAGAAGGUCACACAGUACAAGAAGUGAGGGAUUAAAACAUUCACAAAACAUGCAGCAGACAGUUAAGUCCCUGAACUAGUUUGGUAGAUGUGAUUCCCUGAUUACAACAUCAGUGGUGAGAAGUAACUGUGUACUUUUAAGAAAAUGCCAAAGAACAGUUUUUGGCACUUGCACUUUGUAUCAUUCUUUAGGCUGCUUUUUAGUGCAUUACUUCAGAUGGAAAAUGGCAACUGAAAAAUGGUAGCAACUAGACACAUAAUUGUAUUGAAACCUCGAGGAAUAAGGGUUUAAUUACAAACCAGUGGUUCCCGGCCUGUUUCACUUUUGGAUCCUGCUCUGUAAGGCAGACUCUUUCUUUCUUUCUUUAGAGAUGAACACCAUGAAACAACAACUUUAGGGUCAUGAAAGAAACAUUAUCCAUUACUUUUUUUUUUUAAGUAAAGUUUUAAAAUUUCUCUAUAAAAAAAUUUCCAGCAAAAUGAAGCCAUGCAAGGCUUUUGUCUUUAAAUGGUAAAAUUAGUCAGUGAAAAUGUCUAACUAUCUCAAGAAAUGUAAGACGUGUUUCCAUGACAUGUUGCACAGACAUUCAGGGUUCCCUAAGGAUGAAUUAUAAAGACUUAUAAAGACUCUCUUGUCUUGUUAUCUACCAGCUGUGCUGUCAGACGUUUUGUCAGAGCUGGCCCAAGCCUCAAUGUGGCCCUAAGCAAAAUUUUAUUUUAGGGCCCUCUAUUUCUGCCAAUAAUAUUGAUUGUUGAUCAUUCACACAUGUUCAGGGUGCCACAUAUGGUUUUUAAUCUUAAAUUGUAACACAUUCAAGAGGCACAAAAUGGUAGGGGGGCUUUGAUAUAUCGGCAGUAAGAAUCAUAGGCCGACAUCAGCACUAAAAUGUUUUUCCUUUAUUUUAUUUUUACAGUAACAUAUAUUUGAUCAUUCAGAGAGCAUCACUCAUAAAUGCAAAAAAUAAAAUAUAUUUUAUUUUUUUUAUUGCUUUUGGGGGGGCCCCCUACUGGCCGUGGGGCUCUAAGCAGGCGCUUAAUUCGCUUAUGCCUUGGGCCGGCUCUGCGUUUUGUUGUAGCUGUUUAAAAAAGAAAUCUUUGUCGCAUUGAUUUAAUGUUUUUAAAAUCUACUAAACCUUUAAAUUCAGUGUCAUCAUUAUAAUUUAAGAUAAGCUUAAGUUCAUCCAACACUUAGUUUAAUGCUCAAACUUAAUGUUUUUAUUAGACUAGCAUAUGUUGUACCUAGCACAUGUUAGCAUAAGCCAUUCGACGAAAGCAAUUUUAGCUAGCAGGCUUACAGAGCAGACCCUGUAGACCAUCUUUUUUUGGUUAUUUCUCAGGGUACAAAGACAGAUUUAUCUUUGGACUCUCUGUAGUGAAUUAAAAUCAUAGAACUCAUAGAAGCAUGGUAUUUUACUUAAAUGUGUAAGAUUAGAAAAGUCCAGAGUUAGAAACAGAAAACCUUGCACGAGUAUACAAACAAUCCAAGAAGGCCCACAUUGUGAUUAAAAGCUAAUCUUGACAUUUUCUCUUAUAUUUUCCCUUUUCGCUCAACUUUGGUAAUACGUAUUCUCCUUUAUAAGAAACUUUUGCUAUAUAAAAAAAAAAAGGAUUGGACUUUUACAUCCUUGAAAAGAAAAUGCUACAGAUAUUGAGGCAGUACCUCUCCACACACCAAGAAAAAAUCUGCCAUCCAAGAAAUACCACAACACAAACAUCUUACCCGAGCAUGUCAGUUUAACACUGCAGACAAACACAUAUUGCUUAGAUUACGAUAACUAGCAAAGAAUAUCCGAUAACUGUGCUCAUAAUGCUUGAAUUGUUUUUUUUUUUUUUAAAUCAGCACUGAUUUGCAUCACUUGAGUUGGAUUGGUUGCAUUUUUUCUAACACACUUAACUGUCUGAGCACUCUUAUCCCUACUGUAUUCGCCAAUCAGAUUUUUAUUUAUUUAUUUUUUCCUCCAUCUGGGAUUUACAAUUAAGGGUUUUGGAAAGGAGCUCUGCAGAUAAAGCAGGGAUAAGAAAACAAAAGAUGAGAGGUUUUGCUAUCAUACUUAACCUUGUUCAUGCAGUAAAAAGUAGUGGAGAUGCUGAGGUGGAGACCAUAAAAGCACGGGAAAGGAGGGCAGUCAAAGCCUCCCUGGGACAUUUCUGUUCAUGUAACUUAUAUACGUGCUGCCAUUGCAGAGUCCCUUUUAAAGUCUGUUUACUGGAAGGUGUUAGCUGUGAGCUGUGUUGGUCUGUGAAGUUGACACCGCUCCUUGUCAAAGGGAAAUGGGUCAAGGUCCUUGUUUGUUUCAUGUCACAGUGUCCUGGCCUCUACUGCAGCUGGUUUAUGUCUUUUGUCACCUGGACUCACUGCUGUGGUCAAAGUAUGUCCUCCAGCUCUUAACAGGUUUCACUCAGUAAUCCGUUUUAAUACCCACUGCUUCUGAAAAAGUUUCUCAAGGCUGUAUGGAUGCAUUUCAAAGAGUUCAGAGACAAAAGGAAACUGGAGCCAGUUGCUACCUCUCUCUCUUUGGCACACAGUUACUCCUCAUAACACAUGGGCACAUUCAACCCAGAAAAUAACUACAUCCUGUGGGAACAAUAAAGCACAAGUAAUCACUACUAAUGCAACACGCUCGUCAUUGUGUUUGUAAGGUGUUUUAGUGAGUGAUUCUGGAGGAACACACCUUCAUCUGACACCUUGUUCCAGCCAAAAAUAAUUCACUCUAUCGUUACUUUAUGGUCAAACAGAGCAGUUUAAAUAACUCUGAUAUCAUUCAUAAGAGUAAGUUGCUGAUAGUGUUGCAAAGUUGCCUUUGGAGCUUCUGCUGACUAACUAGUGCUGACUCUUAAAUAUGCUUCUGCUAUCUAACCCAGCCGAUCACACAGUGACCAGGGAGACUGUCAGAUUCACAAGCACUUCUUUCUCCCCAGGUUUGACUUACUGUUUUAAAUAAAAAGAAAUAAAAGGUCAGUAAGAAGGAAUUGGCUUACUCCUUGAUUUAAAGGGCUGAAUAACCUCCUGCUCUGCUACAUUAAAUCAGUCAAACUUUAAUACCUUUGUUGAAGCUGGAGCCAAAAAAUGUAGCUCAACGUGAGUAACUUUUUUUCAAAGGCUUGGUCAUAAAUAGUUUGAGUAAAAAAGAGGGGUUACAAAUAUCUGCUGGCAGCUGGCCUUAAGAAUGUCACAUUCACACUCACAGACACCGACACACACAGGUCUGCGGGGUUGAAGAGGUUGGGGACACAGUAGGGUGCAGGGGAUUAAAACAGAUCAAAACAAAGUUAAUAACUGCUAAUGAGAGCCUGGGACCCCCUGGGGACCUGAUCCCAAUGCACACUCAUUCUUUUACCCAAGUCCAAACACUCCAGAAGAUUUUGUUUCUAUGUUUCACUUUGCCUUCAUUCUUAUUUGAUUUUGCCUUUGCGCUUAAACCCAGAAUACGAGUUAAAAGAGACAUGUUCACUCAGUGUGUUUCUUUUCUCUCUCUGCAGUGCCCAUCUAUGUGCCCUUCUUGAUCGUGGGCUCUGUCUUCGUAGCUUUCAUCCUGGUGGGCUCUGUGGUUGCUGUGUGCUGCUGCCGUUGCCUCCGGCCCAAACAGGAGCUUUCAUCAGGAGGUGCUACUGCAGGCGGGUCCAGUGGCGGGCGCCUCUUGGAGACCAUCCCUAUGAUGUCCAGCUCAGGAACCUCCAGAGGCUCGUCAUCCCGCCAGUCCAGCACGGCCACCUCAUCUAGUUCCUCUGCCCCUCCUGCUGCCCCCCGUCCUGCUCCCCCACCUCUUAUGCGGGCUCAGGCCUCCUGCUGCCUGCCCCCUGACGCCAGCGUCUUUGUCAACAUGCCCACUAACUUCUCUGUGCUCAAUUGCCAGCAGGCCACACAAAUCAUGCCUCACCAGGGGCAGUUUCUGCACCCACAGUACAUUGGCUAUGCCCACCCUGUGGCUGCCACCCCAGCCUUCCUGGACCCCAGUCAGGGAGGGUACAGACCCCUUCAGUCCCCGUGCCCCCCUCCCACUGCUGGGUCCAGCGUCAACAGUGAUCAGAAAUUCCCUCCAGUGACUGUGUGAUGAGUGGCCGACCUGCAGACCACUCUGUUGAAGUUUAAACCUGUGAGGGGCACGCCAGAGACCUCAAAAAGGGACACUGCUCGAGUGGAAAAGAAAAGCAGAAAGUCAGGCUCACAUGAAGGACUUAUGAGGCAGCAGGGUCUGUCUUACUGUUGUGUGAUGUGUGUCUGUUUUGUGAGUAAUGUGACCCUUGGUAAGUUGGAAUGAGCUAAGCUCAGCCUAUGAUGGGUUAAGAUGGAUGCACAAACAAUUUUCUGUCUUGAUAAAGUCAAAACUGCAAUUUGGAUGGUUUUAUAGGCCGAGUGGGCCAUCAUGCACAGCUUCCUGCAGCUCAGAGAUUACUAUGCAUGUGUGUGUUUGCAUGUAUGUGAAAGUGAGAAAAAGAUUUGUUGGCUUAUAUGUGCUGGUUUGAGUGGUGACUAGAUGAUUUAUAGCAGUGAGUGGUAUGAAAAGUGGAUAUUCAGGCAAAAAAAAGACCACAUGCUGUGUUUAUGCAAUGUGCACAUCUGCACUCGCACACAGUAUGUAUUUGUUUAUGUUGAGAGUAUAAGGAGAGAAAGCUUGAGAGGAUAUGUUUGUACUGUAUGUGUGUGAAGUGUGGAGGGCCAGGGUUGUGUGAGUAACUGUGAGUGAGCUGUGUGUAAUGGGAAAUGCAGGUGGUGUGAUGUGAAAGGCAGUCGCAAUCUCCCUGUAGACCAUUUAAACUCUAAUGGAGUGAACACAGGACAUAGACUGUGACGCUCCACCCUACAAUGCAACCCGCUCUCCCCCCCAAAGGCCCCUACUUCUGCCACCCAAAAAGAAAAAAACACAAGAAAUUCCCAACCGCCCUGCACGGCAAGACACUGACUGAACAGAAAAUAAUCACACCAGGCUAACAGUUAAUGUACCUGACAAGUGUGAGUGUGAGACAGAGGGGGAGGGAGUCAGCUCUCUGAAGAUUACAGUUAAUUAUACAGCCAAAACUCUGCCAACUGCCCCCUUCAUUUCUUCAAUGUUAGAAGUGUGUGUGUAUGUAUGUAUGUGUGUAUUUAACACUUCCACAGGUCAGUGCAGAGGGCACAAGCAGCUCCAAGGCAGCUUUGAGUCACUAUUUCCCACUCUGAAAAAGGCACAGAAUUACAGUCAUUGGCUAUUAAUUUGAAAGAAAAAAGAUGAAAAGUUGCGUUUUGAGCCUCACAGUGAAGUGCAGUGCAGCUCAGUAAAAUUCAACCUGAGGAACGUGCUGCUCCACUGAGCAUGCAGCAUGAGAUGUCCCAAAGUACUAACAAUAGGUACAUUUGCAUCGGCACUCCCAGCACAGUGUCUGUAAGACACAGCGGGCAGCUUGUGAGUGAUAAAACAAGAGUAUCUACAAAAUGAUGGAUGAAAAUGUGUCAGAUGUUGAUGCAAAAGUGACAUUUUUCAUAUGAAUACUAAAAAUAAACGGCUUUUGAACAAAAAA